UCCCCGCCCCACCUUCCAAGCCCACACGCCCCCUCCCCUCCCUCCGUCCUCGACUCCGACUCCUCUCUCCACCCCACAGCAGCUCAUCUAGCUAGCCCUGUCCUUCUCCACCUCGCCGCGCUAGGCCGGGCACCAUGAGCGGCGCCGUCCAGCAGCAAGCGGAGCCCGCCGGCGCCGCCGGGAGCCCGACAGUCAUCCGCAACGCCCGGCACCGCCCGAGCACGCUCAAGCUGUGCUACCACCUGGCCGUCUCCAACUCCCUCUACCUCCUGCUCGCGCCUUUCGCCGCCGCCCUGGCCCACCGCCUCUCCCGCCACCCGCUCCCCGACCUCGCGGCCGCCGCCCGCUCCGCCCUCACCGCGAACCCGCCCCUCGCCGUCGCGCUUCUCGGCCUCGCCGCCGUCCUCGCGACCGUCUACCUCGCGCGCCGCCCGCGCGCGGUCUACCUCCUCGACUUCGCGUGCUACAAGCCGGGGCCCGAGCACGUGGUGACCCGGGAGACGUUCAUGCGGCAGUCGGCGGCGGCGGGGGUGUUCACGGACGAGAACCUGGCGUUCCAGCGCAAGAUCCUGGAGCGGUCGGGGCUCGGGCAGGGGACCUACUUCCCCCGGGCGGUGCUCAACUCGCCGCCCAACCCGUGCAUGGCGGAGGCCCGCGCCGAGGCGGAGGCCGUCAUGUUCGGGGCCAUCGACCAGGUGCUCGCCAAGACGGGCGUCCGGGCGCGUGACAUCGGGGUGGUGGUCGUCAACUGCAGCCUCUUCAACCCGACGCCGUCGCUCUCCGCCAUGAUCGUCAACCACUACAAGCUCCGCGGGAACGUCGCCAGCUACAACCUCGGUGGCAUGGGCUGCAGCGCCGGGCUCAUCUCCAUCGACCUCGCCAAGCAGCUGCUCCAGGUGCACCGUAACACGUACGCGCUGGUGGUGAGCAUGGAGAACAUCACGCUCAACUGGUACUGGGGCAACAACCGGUCGAUGCUCAUGUCCAACUGCCUCUUCCGGAUGGGCGGCGCGGCGGUGCUCCUGACGAACCGCGGCGGCGCUGCCCGUCGCCGCGCCAAGUACCAGCUGGUGCACACGGUGCGGACGCACCAGGGCGCCGACGACCGCGCCUACCGCUGCGUGUUCCAGGAGGAGGACGCGUCCGGGCGCGUCGGCGUGGCGCUGUCCAAGGACCUGAUGGCCGUCGCCGGCGAGGCGCUCAAGACCAACAUCACCACGCUCGGCCCGCUGGUCCUCCCGAUGUCGGAGCAGAUCCUCUUCCUGGCGUCCCUGGUCGGGCGCCGCGUGUUCGGGCUCCGCUCGCUCCGGCCCUACCUCCCGGACUUCAAGCUGGCGUUCGAGCACUUCUGCAUCCACGCCGGGGGGCGCGCGGUGCUGGACACCAUCGAGGGGAGCCUGGGGCUGAGCGCCUGGCACAUGGAGCCGUCGCGGAUGACGCUGUACCGGUGGGGGAACACCUCCAGCAGCUCGCUGUGGUACGAGCUCGCGUACACGGAGGCGCAGGGGCGGGUGCGGCGGGGCCACCGCGCGUGGCAGAUCGCGUUCGGGUCCGGGUUCAAGUGCAACAGCGCCGUGUGGCGGGCGCUGCGGGACGUCGACCCCGCGGAGGAGGUGGGGAACCCCUGGGUGGAGGAGAUCCACAGGUUCCCCGUCGAGGUGCCCAAGGUCGAGAGCGUCGUCGCGGCGCCGGCGUCGUGAGGCUUUUGUUUGAACUGUGUGGAGAAAUGGAGCGCGCGUCGAGUCAUAAAGUGUGUGUUGGUCGAGUGAAGGUGUUGUUAAAGUGUGAUGUAAACGUACAGGAAGUUUGGUGGUUGGUUUGAGAUGUAGCUGACCUAAUGUUGAUUCUUUGGGCCGGGUUCAUGUGGCAUUUGGGGAAUAAGGCCGGGCGGACUGCAAAAUUGUACAAACCCAGAACUGAUUAUGAUGUCGUAAGCAUUGGCCGGACGUUGGGCCGUAUUCGAUA